AUGUAUGACACUUGGUUAGAAAUUGAUGCUAUUGUUCUCCAGUGGAUCUAUGGGACCAUAUCCAAUGUUCUCCUUGGUCAGGUCCUUGAUCUGGACUUUACUGCAUAUGACGCCUGGUCCAAACUUCAGAACAUCUUCUUCAAUAACAAGGGUUCUCGGGCAUCAACCCUAGAACAUGAGUUCAACAACUUGACUCUUCGAGCAAUGACAUCCCUUGAAGCGUACUGUCGGCGGCUAAAGGACCUCUUAGGUCAACUUAACGAUGUGGAGUGCCCAGUUAAUGAAAAAUGUCUCGUAUUGCAACUGGUUCGUUGCUUGCCCUCGGAGUUUGACACAGUGGCAACAUACAUCAAUCAGACAUCUCCCACAUGGGAUAAUGCAUGCUCGAUGUUACAACUCGAGAAUCAAAGACAAUGUGCCCAAGAAACUCACUCACCUAUGGAGGUCACCGCUACUGUUGAUCAUGAACCACAAUCGAACGCUCAGCCAAGACGUGGGGACAUUGCCAACAAAGGUCGUCCAUCCCAUCCACGUAACUCAAAUCGUCGUUUUUCAUCAUCAUCUAGUUCUCAAAACAGGGAAAACCAAGCACCUACUAGUCGCCUACAAGCUAUGAACCAGAACAAUCCGCGUAGUCUUCAUCCUGGCCAGAAUCGCCCCCCAAGGUCCACUUACCCGCCUCCUUAUUGGGCUGCUCCUUGGUGGGCUUCACCACCACCAUGCCCGUAUCCUACUCAGCCUAGUUGGGGGUCACCUUGGCUCGCACCUCCCACAUAG